CAGAUGUUUUGGUCACUCGCUCGCAGUUUUAUUUAGUGAUACAAAUAAUAAAAACAUUGCAUCUUGAAGCGUACCUAUUCUACUCACAUAUUUAUGUUAAAUUCGUGAUGACAAUUGACAAAUCUUUAAACUGGACGGAAUCCAGCUAGGAGUUGGUUGGACUUCAGUGUUGCUUUACCUGGCACUGUAGGUGCCAAAUACAACAUGAAGGAGGAAGAGCUGCAGUAUAUGUUGCGUCUCCUCGAUGACCCCUCUGAGGAUAUAUACGAGGAGAUCUUAAAAUACUAUGAAGAUACAGAACAAUCUAAAAAACAAGCAGAUCUAUCCAACCAAACAUUAGACUUUCUUAAACUCAGCCUAAAAAGCAACCCUGUGACAACAUCUUCAGUUUUGAACUACAUACAAGAAUUUUCCAAAAAUGAUGGGAACACAGAAAAAAUUCAGGAUAUUUACUUAGAAGUAUUAAAAAAUGAACUUGCAGAGAACAACUGCUCUGAGAAGUUAAUUUGUUUGAUAUCUCUAGUCAGAUGGACACAAAUGUAUUUGAACCAAUUUAUACAGCACAUACUAACCCCUUUGUGUGAAGAUUCUUUCAGACAGUAUAGAAAGCAAAUACUGUUAAGCCUCAUACCACAUGAUAGGCCUGAAUUACUAUGGAUUUCUUCUGAUGUUAUGCAAAAGAAUGAACCACAAAGAGAGUUCAAGUUAACACCAGAGUACAUGCUUGAGCUGUGUUAUCAGGACAAGACACAUUGGUUACUGAAAGCUGCUGAAGUGUACAAGCAUCAACUCCAUGACAUGGAAAAUGUUACUUUCAAAAUUAACAAUUUCACCAAACAAAUACUCAUCAUGGUACUCAUUGAUCUCACCAAUAGCGCCGAAACAUAUGAUUUAUCAUCACUUGUCCAUCAGUUGACAAAUAUAUUUUCUAUACUGGACACAUACACCACAGCAGAUGAGCAGUUGCAGUUUUAUUUAACUGAAAUAAAGAGAGAACUAACUGUGAUAAAGUUUUGCUUGGAAAAUAAUUGUAAAAUAAUGACCACGUCUAUAUUUAGUCAAGUUUUGCAGCAGAGCACAUUGACUGUGAUAUCCCAAGUGUGCAGGCUCUCUAAAGUCGAUAGAUACAAGGUGUCAAGGCUUCUAAAUACCAACAUUGACUUCAUGUCUGAGCUCAACACUUUGAGUGGCAAAUCUAAUAUAGGGAUUCAGAAUGAAAAUGUAAAUUGGGAUGUCCUCACUUAUAACAGCUACUGUGCAAUUACCAAGAUAAUAGAUGUCGUUCUAAACUCUUCUGAGGGGGCAGAAGACCCUCAAGAAACAACAUCCAGUUUGGAAGAAAUCAAACGCUUGGUCUUGUCCAUACAACCUUUACAAUAUUGCAUUGAAGUGAUAGAAAAUAUAUUUUCGUGUCUAUUCUUGAGAUAUGAAUAUUUUUCAUGUUAUGAACACACCCAGGAAUACCCGUGCGGUACACACUCUGAGUGUUCUUACUUUUAUUCUAAGAAGCAAAGCAAGAGCCUCAAGAGUCCAAACACGAACAAUGCUGGCUUCAUGUGUAAUGCUUUGACUACACAAAUUGUCCUAAAUACAUUGAAGUUAUGUUUGGAGAAGCUAGAAGCUGAUAACAAAAUUGAUGAGCUGGAUAAUUCUGUUACCACAAGAUUCAGGAACCUUGUGAGGGUUGUCAACCACUCAAUAUGGAAACUGCAGCUGGUAUCAACAUUAUCUCCCGACACAAACCCACUGCAGUUGAAGCUUUGUUUGGACUAUGUAGAGGUUGACGAAAGCAGUGAAGACGACGACCGUGAGUUUGAAUUUAAGACCUUGAGAAAAAAACCAAGGCCAAGAAAGAGGCAUACAAUCUCCAAACAUGAUUCUGAGCAUGUAAUGCUAGCAUCCACAAUAUCAGCUAAUGAUGAUGCAGUACUUUCUACAAAAAGCAGCAGUAUUGACUUCAUCUCCAUAAUGCUGGCAAAACCCAAUUGUUUGGUGGCUUUAGCUCUCUACAACAACGACUUUUCAAAGGCAAAUCAGAUUUUAGAGAUGUUCGACCUAGCCGAUUCUGAAAUCGCAACUGAAGUUACAUUCACAGAACAGCUCAGACAUCUCGUGGCCAAAAUAAAGAAUAUCAUCUAUUACAGAGGCGACACUCGCUAUCCUACUAAAGAACUAUCAGCGCUAUCAGUGGUCUCCACUGAAGUAAUGGGCCUUGUGGAAGGAUUUCUAGCAUCAAAUAGAGCUCCGAAUUCUUUUGACAUCAUUGAACUAGCGGGGCGUCACCCACACUUGCAACUGUACAAUCACCAAAAUGCGCCUUUCAUUAAUGCCGUAGAUAUUCUACUCAGUAGCGGGCUUAACAGAGAAAUAACUUAUGGUCUCAUAAAUGUUGUGGAACGAAAACUGGCAGAAGUCAGACACUCCACAGAUGUCGCUGCAGUCAAGAAAAAUAACUACAUUCGAUUCGUUGAAGACAUAGCCAGCGUUACUUUCGAAAUAUUCGGCAACACAGAAAAGUCGUUUAAUUUUGUCGAUAAUAUUUGCGGGUUGAUAACAGAUUGCCGAAUUCCGAUAAAACACAAAGAGUUCUGUAAAUUGAACCAGCUCGCAAAAGAAUUAAGACAAUCGUGCGACGAUUUGGCUCUCGUCAUUAAUUCAAACGAAUCGACAGAAUUAGAUCAAAACUUACUGCAGAAGUAUCACCAAAUAUAUAUGAACGUUGUAGCUGCGUCUGACAAGGAUUUGUGUAAUGUUGGCGACGUAUCACGGCAGGGGAAUAGAAAAACUAGAAUCCCGUACUUGAGAAUGUGUUACAUGUACUGCAAGACAGUUUCACAAUUGGAACAAGAGGAAAACAAGUCCCCUGAUGCUGUAGCAGACGCGCCAUACUUCUCCGUACUAGGGCGACAGCUGCACGACAUAUUCGGAAAUAUGAUUAACAAUAAAGAAGUGCCUGUCACCAAUUUAGAACCGAUUUGCAAGAAAUUAAACGUCAAUCUUAUACCGAAGCUUAUUUUGAACUUUUGUCCGUCUAUCACUCUGACCGGACCACACAAAGAAGCCAGUGAAGUUAACUUCAAUAAUCUCCUUCAAGCUGUUUAUGACUUCAAAAAUCCGGAGGAGAAUUUAUUUAUAGACCCAGUAACGAAUUUUGCUCCGUUGCCACGUUCCCCAGAUCCUCAAUGUCUGACCUAUGUUGUUCUCCACAAUUGGGUGUUGGCUCACAUUAUAAAGAAGAUUCACACUUCUUCAAAUGAAAAUAGUCUUCAGCAAAGCAUGGACGCAAGGACCAAAGCGUUAAAUAAUUACAUGGAACUAGAUAGGUUUAAUUGCAAUAAGGUUUUAUUCGAUGGCAAUAAAUACUUAGCAUCCUUACACACCACUAUUGACCUGGACAAACUCUUUGUAUACAUGCCGCAACUGAUAAACUCUGGUAAAAUUUUGAAAUGUUUGAACAUCAUAGACUCUCUGUCAGAGAGGCAACAGAUGUGUAGUGCAAAUCUGGCAAAUUUGCGAGAUUUGAUACUGUUUAAACUGGCGACUAAUCCGAAGAUCGGCAACAACUGGAAGUAUUGCCAGUUCCUCAAGUGUCCCGAGUUGAAAGUAGAUCUGAUUCUGAACAAUCUGAGCAGCUGGCCCGCAGAGGGCGCUAUAGAGGCUUUGGAUUACUUGAGAUUCCUUUUAAACCAGGAACUUUUGGAACAGGAAUUAUACGAAAAAUGUACGGAUUGGAUGAUCAAAAUCCCCUUAUAUGAUCAGAUAUCAUCUAUAAUGGGCGUACAUCACUGGUAUGAUAUUUAUGAAAAAUCUGUCGAAAAUCCGGAAAACGUUAUUGAAGUUCUUUUGGACAGUCAACAGUACAAACUUUGCUUGGAAUGGGCAGACGUCCACGAGGUGUCGGAGAACAUGAAGAAUUUAAUCGUAAUGAGUCUCCUGCGGCAACUGUUCGAGUACACCAACCAGGCCACGCCGGACUUCAUCAGCGAACUCCUCGCGAGGCUCCCCAUGAAUCAAGCCAUGGACUUGAUCCAAGAGGAGAUGUCAAAAGUCCGAAACGUCGAGAUCCUUCAAGUUUGCAUCGACUUUAUAUCCGAAAAUUCUUUCGACUGGAAAUCGUUCGAGAACAUCAAAAUCGGACUGCAAAUUAUGGUGGAGAUCGAAGUGAACAUGCGCCACAUGUUUUGGGAUUUGAUAGAAAAACCUCUGCUAAUGAUCGAGCAGUUCCUCAUGAACGCGAAAUUGGACAUGCUGGCGAAUAUAAUAAAUAAGAUAUCGCCGAAUUUGAAGCGGGAUCCGAGCGGGGACAACUUGUACUACAAUAUAAAGACGAUAGAGAGUUUGGUGAUAUCGAGGAACGCGGUGGACGCUCUGUUGAGGUUUUACGCGGAGAAAGCAUUGGAUAUGAAGAAUCCGCGGAACGCAUGCACGGCGCCGCCAAAGCAGUCGGACGACUCGUUGCUGCAGUCGAUCGAUUCGAUUAACAUUGAGGCCGCGUCGCGUCCUUUCGUGAUGCCGGAUCAGGUCCCGAGCAAGGAGCAGUGGGCGGAGGACUACUCUGCGGACCGCUGCAUGCUGUGCCGCGCGUCCAUCUUCUCGAUGAUCAUCCGCCGGCACCACUGCCGCCGGUGCGGGCGGCUGGUGUGUCACGCCUGCUCGAGGCACAGGAUGCAGGUGCCAACAUACCCCAGCGGUGUCAAAUUCCGCGUCUGCGACGACUGCUACACGCAGACGAUAAGCAAGAAGGCCAGCUCCGACAACGACAAUCUGAUGCUGAGCAGCAACUCGGAUUCCGCGGCCAGUGGCAUAACCUGCAUGGACUGGUGUCUAUCCACCAACGCGGGCCGCAACGAGGCGGUGCGAGCUGAGUUCAGCUUCGAGUUCACGCCUAACGUCACGCUGUGCCUGACUAUUAUGAAAAUGCACUCCAUCAACUUGGACUACCCGAGGUUCCUGCUGGAUAGAAGCGAUGAAGUGGCGCGCGAGCUAUCCGGCGGCGGCGAUGCUCGCCUUCUGGUGCGCGCGCGCCGCUCGCUGCUGCUCGCCGCCGCCGAGUUAUAUUCCCGCACGCCGCAUGAGAGGAGUAGCAGCGGCAGCAUCGGUCGUCUAGCGGAGACGGGAGCAGCGCACGCCACGCGCUGCCUGGCGCACGCGGACGCCAUGGCCACGCUCGUCAAGCACCAGGCGCACCACCUCGUGCCGCAGCAGGGCGCGCACCCCAGUGAGUGCGACUCCCGCCCCUCCGCCACUAGACAUAAGGUCGCUAAUGCUGCAGCAGCCGCAGCACGCGCUGCCUGGCGCACGCGGACCCAUGGCCACGCUCGUCAAGCACCAGGCGCACCACCUCGUGCCGCAGCAGGGCGCGCACCCCACAGCCGCAGCACGCGCUGCCUGGCGCACGCGGACCCAUGGCCACGCUCGUCAAGCACCAGGCGCACCACCUCGUGCCGCAGCAGGGCGCGCACCCCAGUGAGUGCGACUCCCGCCCCUCCGCCACUAGACAUAAGGUCGCUAAUGCUGCAGCAGCCGCAGCACGCGCUGCCUGGCGCACGCGGACCCAUGGCCACGCUCGUCAAGCACCAGGCGCACCACCUCGUGCCGCAGCAGGGCGCGCACCCCAACAUAAGGUCGCUAAUGCUGCAGCAGCCGCAGCACGCGCUGCCUGGCGCACGCGGACCCAUGGCCACGCUCGUCAAGCACCAGGCGCACCACCUCGUGCCGCAGCAGGGCGCGCACCCCAACAUAAGGUCGCUAAUGCUGCAGCAGCCGCAGCACGCGCUGCCUGGCGCACGCGGACCCAUGGCCACGCUCGUCAAGCACCAGGCGCACCACCUCGUGCCGCAGCAGGGCGCGCACCCCAGUGACAGCCGCAGCACGCGCUGCCUGGCGCACGCGGACCCAUGGCCACGCUCGUCAAGCACCAGGCGCACCACCUCGUGCCGCAGCAGGGCGCGCACCCCAGUGAGUGCGACUCCCGCCCCUCCGCCACUAGACAUAAGGUCGCUAAUGCUGCAGCAGCCGCAGCACGCGCUGCCUGGCGCACGCGGACCCAUGGCCACGCUCGUCAAGCACCAGGCGCACCACCUCGUGCCGCAGCAGGGCGCGCACCCCAGUCAAAUAGUCCGGUCUUUACUAGAAGCUGAGAAGUGGGAGUUGGCGCUGGAGAUAGCGACGAAGUCGGGGCUGCCCCGGAACAGCGUGCUGGCGGCGUGGGGCAAGGCGUGCCUCAAGGCCGGCUGCUUCAAGCAGGCGCGGGACAAGUUCGCGCACUGCUUCAAGAGCGCCGUCAAUGUCUGCGUCGAGGUGACGGAAGAUUGCGAGUACGGCAGAGAAGCUUCCGAAUCGUUCCCGAACCGUAGACUGCACAGCCUUCGGUACUCUGAGCGGUCGGCUUCCGUAUCGAGCGCACAGUCCGACGGCCGCCCGCGGGCCAACCCGCCACUUCUGAACGAAAUAGUGAGCAUGCUCGAAGACAUGAACUAUCCCGUCAACCAGCAGCUAUUGAGCAAGGCGGAGACCAUUAAGGUGAUUGUUGUCUUAUUUUCUAUUUUACCGUGGGUUGAUCGCCCUCAAGCCAACCCUCCACUUCUGAACGAGAUCGUGAGCAUGCUCGAAGACAUGAACUAUCCCGUCAACCAGCAGCUCUUGAGCAAGGCGGAGACCAUUAAGUCGACAAACGAGAAACUAGCGUCACUCAACGUUAGCAAGAAAAAAAUCCAGCUUACCGAGCCAGCUCUCAACAUUAUGCACACGCUCGCGAGCGUGAAGAAAAUCAAACAAGGCGACUACAGCGACUUCCAAACCGCCGUUAUACAGCCGAAGAAGAGUUUAGCGCAGGGCUUGUUACGAAGAAACAACAACCACACGGAAAUUAAACCCGACCUGUACCUGAGAAAACUCGACCCGUUCUUUUAUAAAGAAUGUGUUUACUACCUCAGUAACUACGGAUCUCACGUCGCGAAUAUAGCCUUCUACAUGAAGCAUAGCAACAUGACUGAGGUGAUAACGUACUGUUAUGACAACAUGGUGGAAAAGGAGACGUUCACGGAUUGCGUUUACAUGGAGUGCUUGAAGAAGGACAGGGUCAAUGAGCUGUUGAAGGCCAUGAGCGAUAUGGACAACACACUGCAAAUGUGGGCGGAGUACAUAAUGCACAUCUGCCGCACUCUAGAGAUGAGCAAACGUCUGGACGCGCUAUACGCGCUACAGUGCGGCAGCGGGCAACACGCGCGCGCCUCCGCCACGUGCGCGCUACUGUACUCCCGGCCAAUAGUGCGCUCGCCCGCGCCCUUCGCCGCGCUACAGAACAGGCAACACCAUCUCAAUGCUGCGCUACACCAUCUGAGUCAAUGCGUGCCUGUCGCUAGCAAAGUGAACGACCCGAAAACGUUCCAAUUCCACCUAGACAAAGUGACCAUAGACAACCUAAUGACGACGAUGACGCGUCAGAUCGAGCUGUCAAAAUACCUCGCGGCCUGUGAAGCGAGCGGCCGACUGACCGAGAAAGUUCUCAACGAAGUCAUACCAGGAGUGCCUCGGAGGGAGCAAGAGCACAACGACUUCAGGCCCGUCACUCUGUUCGGGUCUAAUACAGAUAAAAUAAGGCUGGUUGCUGUGGUCCUGGCUACCGGACAGUCGAUCGAAGCUGGAUUCGAUUUGGCUUUUAAAAUAAUAACAGAACAUAAACUGGACUCCAUGAAUAUUUAUACCCAUGUGGCCAAGUAUCUAGUGCAAGUGGACAGGUUUAUGGAAGUCAAGACUUUGGCCAAAUGUAUCCGGCUAUCGAAAGAAACUGCUGCCAACCUAAUGAGCGAUCAGGUCCUCGAGGCCGGCGUGAGCGCAGUCGUGGCGCGCUGCGAGGCGCGUGCGCAACUGCACGACGAACAAGCUGAGGUACUCAUUGCGGACAUACACAGCGUCACUAUCAAGAUAUCGUGCUAUCUGGUCUGCCGCAACGUAAGCAGCGCCUACAUCCUCGCUGCACGUGCCGACCGCACCAGCGACCUUCGUCGCGUGCUGCACGAGGCCGAGCGCCUGCCGCACGACCAGGUGCGCAACGCCUGCCUCAAGCGCCUCACGUCCCGCCAGCCGCUGUAGCGCUCGCUAGACCA